AUGUACGUACACGAUUUCAUCAGUGGAGGAGAUUCUAUAGACGAAACUCGUAUAAAACGCGAAGAAACACGAAAUCUUUUGGCGUCUGCAGGUCUCAAACUUCGGAAGUGGACGUCCAACUGCAAAGAUCUUCUGCAAGACUUACCCAAAGAAGAUUGUGAGAUAACUUUUGAAGUGCCUUUGCAAUCAAAAGAUCAUGUCAAAACAUUAGGCAUAAGAUGGAAUCCACAAGAAGACUCAUUUUCGUUCAAAAACUUUCAACAGGAAACCGACGAAGUGACAAAAAGGACAAUGCUAUCAGCAAUUGCAAAACUUUUUGAUCCGCUUGGCUGGAUUGCGCCAUGUGUGAUCAAAGCCAAGAUCAUAAUGCAAAAAUUAUGGUGCAGAGGAACCGAUUGGGAUGAACCCAUUUCAUCAGAUCUUAAAGAAGAAUGGCAAGUUUUUCAGAAGGAAUUGCCUUUAAUACAACACGUUAAAAUCCCACGAUGGAUAAAUACACACAAUACACAGAAAUCGGUGGAAUUUCACGGUUUUAGUGAUGCGUCGGAGAAGGCUUAUGGAGCAGUUGUCUUCAUACGUGUCCUUGAUAAUGCCGAGAAUAUUCACAUGCAUAUACUAAUAUCGAAAACAAAGGUGGCUCCAUUGAAAACAGUCAGUCUACCACGACUAGAACUUUGUGGAGCUGUUCUCUUGGCAUCACUAUUAAAUUACACAAAAGAAGUUCUGGAUGUCUCGAACGCAAAGGUAUGCGCAUGGUCAGACUCAAUGAUUACGUUGGCUUGGAUUAAAGCACAACCUUCCAAAUGGACAACGUUUGUCAGUAACACGGUUGCUGAAAUCCAACGAUUAACAAACUGCGAUAUUUGGAAACACAUUCCAACAGACCAUAACCCAGCUGAUUUAGCAUCUAGGGGCGUUUCACCUUCAGCGUUGGGAACACAAGACCUUUGGUGGAUAGGGCCCUCAUUUUUGCGAGAAAAGUGGCAAUUUGAAAUACCCGUACAACCAUCUACUCUCGAAACCGAAAUUGAAAGGCGAACGGAAAAGAAACAAUGCUUAAUAGCCAACUCUGAUGAAGCAGAUGAUGACAUUAACAGAUGUAUACUAAGGUGUUCGCGACUAUCAAAGAUCAUCAGAGCAAUUGCAUUCUAUUAUCGCUUUAAAUGGAAUUGCCUUGCAAAAAGACGAAAAACAUUAAGGAUUUCCGGAGAAUUGAAUCCAGAUGAGCUACAAGUUGCAGCCUUCUUGGUGCAUAAAGCAGUACAAAGGCUCAUGUUCACUGCAUAA